ACCUCAAAUUUCGCCAAUAACAUUGCGUCGUUUUUUAGAGGAAACUUUCCCAAAUAUAUCUCGUACGACGGGGAAAACGCUAGAGUAUCGCCCCGUUUCACGUUUUAGUCUCAUCUCGUGGCGUCGUUCGCCUCCGUAAUACUUCUCUUGGUACAAGAAUCAGAGCCAUGAAAGACACAUGCGCGAGUUUCUGAUCUCCAUUUAGAUCCAAGUGCCGCUGCAAAAAAAUAAAUAAAAUACCUAAUUCUCUGUUUCUUUUCUUUCUUUCAUUUUCACUAAACAAACGGUUUCUCGGUGGAAAAUUAUGACUUAUUAAUCAUAAUCAUUUUACCGAUCUUCCCCGAAGCAGUGAAAAUUCUGAUUGAUAUUAUAAAGUUUCUCCUCUAACGUCCUGCACGACAUUAGCCACCCCCUCCUGCCCCUAAAAUUCUGCAAUACUCGGGUAUAUAUUACAUGUACGUGCUGCAUUGUGUUUGUGUGGAAAUAUUCGUGAGCAACUUCUGUUGACCGAUGAAGAGCUAGGGAGACGUAAAGAUAUAAUUAUUCUUAUUCUCUACGUGCUUCGCUGCUAUAAACUGUUGUACGGAUGCCGUCUGUGCAGCAGUUUAUUGAAUAAGUGCCCCAUUCAACACGGAGUGAUAAUACCCAUUCGAGACUACACGAGCUACUAUAUAGUCAAAAGUUUCCAUCAAUACAAGAUCGUAUCUUAAGAACCGGCAUCGGAUCCAUUGAUUUAUGCCCCUAGCUGCUGAUGCUGAUGCCGCUUGCGGCUGCUGUGAUAAUUCAAUGCAACAGCAUUUAAUACCGAUAACAACUGGAAAACUUGAUGAAUAACGAUCGGAGAUUAAGAAUGCUAAGAAUCACGUAAUGUUGAGAUAUAUAAUUAGCACGAAGUGAUGAUAAUUGAUGAGCAUAAAUGGACAAGCGGUAAACCCUAUGCUUGAAAAUAGAUUCAAUAAUAAUAAUAAUAAAAAACGUAGUGAAAAAUUUAUUGAGGACAGAAGAUAAAAUAUUCUAACAUGGCUAUGAUAAAAUAUGUUGAAUAAUAAAAGUUAGAAGUAAUGUGCAAAGCGCGUACGAAAUCAAGUUCGAAAGCUGAUUCGACGUACGAAUUGAAAGGCUUGAAUAAAUUGGCGCAUAGUAGAAGAGGAACGAAACCGAUUGGAAUUAGAAAAUUGAAAAUAUUAUUCGCUUUUUGUUUUGUCACGACGUAUUUAUGCGAUGAUGUCGAGGGGGUCAUACGACCGCAAUUUGGAAUAAAAGAAUUGAAAACAGCCCUCAAUGCAGCACCUCCCCCUUUCCUGGGUCAUUGCGAUUUUGAAAAAACUUGCGAUUGGUCGUGGAAUAAAACAAGCGGAUUCAGAAGAGUUUUAGCAACAGAAGCAACUCCUUUUGGCCCCGACACAGAUGCCAGUCAGCUGCCAAAUGGACAUUAUCUAUGGCUUACCGGACAUGGACAGGGCCAAAUUUGGUCCAAGAUGAUACCAAAAACGGCUCGUAUGUGUAUUUUAGAACUUGCGCUACACCAGGUACAGAUGCAGAACGGUCAAAUUAAUAUUGUGAUAGAAACCAGCAACCACACCAGCGUCAUUAUCGCGGAACGACCCGGAAACGAUAACGCCAAAUGGGAAAUGAAUCGUUUUAAUUUGGGUGCUAAUAGUCAAUAUUUUCGAAUCGUCAUCGAAAUAACAGCGCCGUUGCCAAAUUCUAGUAUCGCUGUUGAUGAUAUUCGACUAUCCGAAUGUUUCCCAGAAUCUCGUCCACUAGGUGCGACCUGCACGGAUGAUAUGUUUCGUUGCAACAACGGUUCGUGCUUAAAUAAAACUCGGAUUUGUGACCUAACUCCAGAUUGUGCGUAUGGUGAAGAUGAACAACUCGAGUGUGAUGAAGUUCCAGAGAAUGCUAGAUGUAAUUUCGAAGAUGGUUGGUGCGGAUGGAACAAUGAUCCUUCCAGGCCUUUGAAAUGGACUCGUCAACGAGGACCAACACCGAAUGAAAGGACCGGACCCAGCUAUGAUCACACCUAUCGAAAUGCAUCUGGUAGUUACAUGUACGUAAAUAUGUCCGGUAAAACGGAAUAUGGGUAUGGAGCUGUAAUGGCAAGUCCGGUUUAUAAUCCAACACCCCCGUACAGCAGUAAUGAAACUAAUCCCUAUUACAAGUCCUGCCAGGCGCGCUUUUUUUACCAUCAAUACGGCCCGCAUAGUAGUGGGUUGGGUUUGUACCUGGUGAGAAUAAUACAACAGCAAAAUGUGUCUGAAAAACUUUGGUGGAAAUUUGGUGAUCAAAGUGACGUAUGGUACAACCAGGCUGUUGUCCUUCCGGAGGUAAAACAUAGGUACUUUUUUCGAUUUGAAGCUAUAAGAGGAAUGGGACCGAAAAGUGACGUCGCCAUUGACGAUUUUUCAUUGAGUCCGGAGUGUUUUGGAAUUGGAGUGCCACAGGAGUUCGCUGGAGGAUUCAAUUACUCGAAUUACGUACCACCCGAAACUUAUCCUGAAAAGCAUACGAAUUUUACGAACGAGACGACGAUUAAAAUAACAACGUGCGGUGCAGCUGGAAGAUUUGGUCCUACCCCACGCGACUGUGCUGAAAUACACAACGGAACUGGUUUGAAAUUACUACAUUCAUCGACAGUGUCGUCGAAUAUCACUCCUAAUGAAAAAGUUGUUUUAUCAUACAUGAGUGGAAUUCAACGAUGGACAGUACCCGAAGGAAAAUUUUACACGAUCAUUGCCAUGGGAGCUGGAGGUGGUCGCGGUUCGGGUCAAAUGGGCAGCACUCUCGGAGCAACCGUACGAGCUGUUGUGGAACUGGAAAAAGGCCAGCAUUUGUAUUUUUUAAUCGGUGAAGCCGGAAUAGACGCUUGUCCAAAGAAUCUUGGGCUCAAAGCUCACAGCUGUCAAAAUGAAGAUCACGGCAGUAUCGUUACCGGAUCUGCAUCCAACUCUGCGAUCCGUCAAGUAAAGAAUAUAAAAUUAAAAGAUAGCGGAGGAGGGGGUGGAGGAGCAACAUACGUUUUCACCGUCAAAUCAAACGGGGAGCAAAAACCUCUUCUGAUAGCAGCAGGUGGUGGAGGCUUGGGGCACGGGCAGUUUGUCGACAAUGGUAUUCAGCAUGGCCAAGGUCCUGUCCCAAAAGGAAAAAUGCCUGAAUCUGGGUUAUCAAUAUCAGGAUCUGCCGGCUCUGGAGGUGGAUGGAACGGUUCAGCCAACAAUGUACCAUCGACAGCAGGUACUGCAUUAAUUUAUGGAGGAGUAGGAGGAACGGCUUGUAAAAACAAUAGCGAAGGUCGUGGGGAUGGAGGCUUUGGUGGCGGAGGUGGAGGAUGUCUUGGGGGCGGAGGGGGUGGUGGUUACAUAGGAGGGAGUGCUGGGCACGAAAUGUCGUCGAAUGGAGAAGGAGGAUAUUCUUUUGCCGCGCCAGAACUUUCACACAUUUCUUACACCGUUGGCGGUAAUUCGGGCCCGGGAAAAGUAUUCAUCGUACCAGCAAUCAGUGGUUGCGGAUGCGACUUCCGGUGCGUGGUCAUCGACGAACAUCUUAGCGAAACACGAUGCCUCUGCCCUUCUGGUUGGCUUCUUGGGAAUGAUACUCGUUCGUGCGUUAUGGAUGGCGAUUCUGACACUGCUCAUCAAACGUUUAUGAUAUUGUUGAUCGCUGUAAGCAUCGGUUUAUUGUUCGCGUUUUCUGGACUUUGUCUUUUACUUUAUAAUCGAUAUCAACAUCGUAAGGCACUCCUAAGACGUCGUCAAGUUAUGUUUGGUAAUGGAACCGAACUAACAUCCCUACGUGCUGUUUCUGACAAUAUGAUGACGGAAUUUAAUCCGAAUUACGAAUUUGCUGGAAAUCUAUACAGCUUCAAAGAUCUGCCGCAAAUACCACGAGACAAUAUAUCGCUUGUCAAACCUCUUGGACAAGGAGCAUUUGGCGAGGUGUUUCAGGGUGUUUAUAAAUAUAACAGAAGUGAAGAACAUCCAGUUGCUGUUAAAACAUUACCAUCUUUAUCAACAUCGCAGGCCGAAGCGGAUUUCAUGAUGGAAGCUCUGAUUAUGAGUAAAUUCAAUCAUCCAAACAUAGUACAUUUUAUCGGUGUAUCAUUUGACAAUCAUCCGAGAUAUAUUGUACUUGAAUUACUGGCCGGUGGUGACUUGAAGAAUUUUUUACGCGAAGAGAGACCACGUCCAGAUCGUCCAACGACGUUGAUGAUGCAAGAUCUCGUCAUGUGUGCUUACGAUGUGGCAAAUGGAUGCAAAUAUAUGGAAGAUGCUCGUUUUAUUCACCGCGACAUCGCUGCUAGAAAUUGUCUUUUAACUUCGAAAGGGUCGGGUCGAAUAGUGAAAAUUGCUGACUUUGGUAUGGCUCGAGAUAUUUACAGAAGCGAUUAUUACAGAAAAGGCGGGAAGGCAAUGUUACCUAUAAAAUGGAUGCCUCCCGAAAGUUUCUUAGAUGGAAUAUUCACGACGAAAACUGACGUUUGGGCUUUUGGGGUUCUUCUCUGGGAAAUUAUGUCUUUCGGUUACAUGCCAUAUACCGGUUGUGCUAAUCGAGAAGUUAUGUCGAUGGUAACGACAGGCGGACGUUUAGAAAGACCGGCUGGUUGUCCAGAUCCAAUUUAUGGAGUAAUGACUCAAUGUUGGCAUCCCCAUCCCGAAGAUCGACCUAGUUUUUCAACGAUUGUCGAAAGAAUAGGCUAUUGUUUACAGGAUCCGGACGUUAUCGAUCAUCCGAUGCCCAACUAUGAUAUCCUUCCUGCCUGUGAAAGAGAAAUUACGAUUAUGAGACCCGACCCUGAAACUGAAUGCAUCAACGUACGUAGCAGUUUGGAUGGAUGUGGCUACAUGCAACCCAGAGCAAAUUUCCGGCCAGUAUCUUAUCGGAUCGGUCCAGCUCCAGGAAUCGUUUACGCAUCUUUACAACGAUGCGAUGACUGCGAAAAUGAAUUUGGUAAAAUACAAGAAACUGCGCUUUCCGAACCAAAAACCCAUCAGAUCAACUGUCAAGAAUCAAACGACGAGCCAGCCAGUAUAUACGUCUACGGCAACAAGGAACCGUGCAGACACAAAUAUGUGCCAAAGGAAGAAAGUAACACAAACAACGCGGUGACUAUCGAUACAGAAAAUCCAACGAGACAAGAAGUUGCUGCAAACUGUAAUAGCAAAGUAUCGAAUGGAAAAUCUCACAGAGAGAAUGGAAACUACGAAAGUACUACGACUACGGAUACUAAUUCUGAUUCUUUAGCUAUACCUUCGACAAAUCCUCCUCCAGAAACUUCUUUAUCAUCGCCAAAUACUCGAAUGUCUUCUCCUAAUCAUACGGUCAUCAAUGCCAAUGUGAACAACAAUAAUGGUGUGCUGAGAAAAAGCGCUCUCAAAGCAGCACUAAGUUUAGAUCCAAGUGCUCUUUGUCGUGGGACAAUUCCUUACGAAAAAAUUGCAUUUUCACCACCACCCGCUCGCAUGAGCAAUCCUGGCAGUAUCGAAUUGAGAAAGCAGGAUUCUCUGGGACACGAAUUACCACGAGAAGAGGAAUGCUCUUGCUGAGACUUGGUCAGCGGCGGCUGACAUCGCUAUUCCGACUCCGAUUCCGAAAUCUCGAUAUUUUUACAAAGAUCGGUUUCCGAUUCAGGACAUAAAAUUUUUUUCUCUUAACCAAGCCAAAGAAAAUAGUUUUACUAAAACAUACAAACCUGCAUUCUAAUAGGUAAUAUAUUUACAUACAUUUUUUUAUACCAUAUUUAUUCGCAAAGGAAUGAAAGAGUUGGAAUGAUAACUGAAGUAAAAAAAAAUAAAUAAAUGAAUAACAAAA